GUCGGGACAAAUCUUGGUCUUCGCACCUUCUGUACAGGUUGUGCUACCAGCCUAUCGGCCCACCGUGACAAAGUGCCACUUUGACAAAGUCUUCUACUGGCCCGCGCUUCCAAUGGAAUGUGCCAUUGUCUUCGAGGAGGGCCAGGCGAGCUUCUUCCUCCACCGACAGCAGAGCAUGUUGCGCCGCCGCCGUGUCGACGGUCACCAAAGCGAUCUACUUUCGGCGGCGUAUCUGGAGGAGAUCAAUCUGGUGGUGACCUCCGGCAACGAUAAGAUGCUGUGCUUUUGGGAGAGCAGCGCCUUCAAUUUGGUGAAGAAAUGGAGUUUGAAAGAUGUUGUUGGGACGCUGUGCUGGUGCCCCGAAAUCAACGCCCUUUAUGCUGCGGACCACUUCAGCGAACGCCUUUGGGGCUGGCGCAUCUUUGAUGAGUUGGAAGUGAAGACGACAGCUGCGGGUGGCAUGAAACCAGACAAGAGCCUGGAGUUUAAGGAGGGCCACAAAGAAUCCAUCCAGGUCAUGAAGUGGCUCAAGCCCCUGCAGUGUUUGGCCACAGCCUCACUAGAUACCACGGUGCAAAUCUUCGACACAGUGCUGCAAGCGCGAAGCCAUACCCUGUCGGGUCACACGAAGGGCCUGACCUGCCUAGAGUUCUGCGCCAAGAGCCAGAUGCUGCUGAGCGCGGGCUUUGACAACUACAUCUCCAUUUGGGAUCCCAGUGCUGGGACUCUUUCCUUCAAAUUGGAGGGACACGAGUGCAGCAUUGCGGGGCUUUGCGCCAUGCCGGAAACAGACUAUGAAUUUAUGAGUGUCGACUUUGAAGGCAUGGUACGUCUCUGGGACGUGCGACGGCUGUGUUGCAUCCAAAACUUCCCCGCGACAGAUCGACGAGCCGAGGAGGCUGGGGAACUGGAACGUUUGGAACCGCGCGCGCUGUGUCCUCUGAACCGUGAUCGCGUGGUGAUUUCUGGGAGAAGGAUCGUGGUCUUUGAUCGCGACGCCAAUGAUCCAAAAGUCACUUCGGAUUGGCCCAUCAACGAUUUAGCAUUCAACCAUUGGACGAUGGAGAUUGUCACGCCCAUCAAGAAUGACCUGUAUGUUUGGGAUGCGCUGACUGGGCAACGUUUGCAAAUCCAUGACAAUGUCAUUGAGUCGAAUAUCACCGCCAUCAAAUUUGGCUUGAAGGAACGACGGCUCUUCGUGGGCAGCGAGGAUGGGGAGAUCCAUUGCAUCAAUGCAGCCUGUGGCGCCAAGCUAAAGGUCCUUAGCCCACACACCUACGAGGUGACGCAGAUCGAGUGCAUGAGCGGAAAAGUCUUGACCCUGAGUGCUCCGGAGAAGGUGAUCAACGUGCACGAUGACACCGGGGAGAAAAAGGCCUUGCUGCUCAAACGGAUCGAUUUGAGUGAUGUGGGCGUCAUUUUGAGGUUCGCCCACGAUGAUCGGGAGAUGUUAGCCGUCACCUCCGAGGAAGGUGAUGUGGGCUGGUACAGCGCCGAUUUUGCCAAGCCCAUUGCGGACACGAGCCAGUGUUCCGUGAAUCAUUCUCAGGCCGUCUACUGCUGCGAGUAUUUUAGAAAUGUGCCGUUGAUCAUCACCACAGACAACUGUUCAGCGAUCUUUUGGUCGGUACCGCCCUUGAGGGCCUAUGACUUCUUCAACAAGAUCAUGUUGGACCUUCCUGGCGCCGAGGAGGGAGCUGUGAGUAUUUCCUCUAUGUGCUUGAGUUGGCCGGACGAGUGCACCCUCUUUGUUGGCACUGACCGGGGAGCCAUCCUCUGCGUGGACAUCACGACGGUGGUACAGAGUGCAGGACGUCAACGGGAGGAGAUUCUGAGGCGGAAGGAGUCCGGCGAGAGGGCCGAGGUCAUCAGUGGACGGAUCUUCGAUUCCUUGCCUAAACCGGUGAACUCCAACGAGUACGUCUUUUUCUUGGACAGCAUUUGGACGGUUGAGAAGGCCCAUGGCCUCUCCGUAGAAUCGAUCCUCUUCUGCAAACGGCAGCCAUCCGUGCUGAUGACUUUAGGCGCUGAUAAUUGCCUCAGGAUUUGGGACCACGCCACCGGAAGCCCUUUGGGAUCCCUGGAGCAGGGGCUGCCGGAAGGGUUGAUCUAUGAACGCAGCACUGCGUGGUCCUUUCCCUUGGACCCACACUUGCAGAUCCAGUCAGACAUCAAUGCACUGAUGGAGGCCAGCGCCAAAUCCGAAGAUCUGGAUGCCGAGAGGCUCAGGAGUCCGGAGGAUGGACACUCUUUGCAGCACCUGGCACAAAGGCAAACGGAGGAGUGUAUUGCAAAGCUGAAGAAGGAUCGGCGCAGGUCGAUUCAAAUGGCUCGGUCGAAUUCGAGUCCAGCCCUAGCUGGCCAGGAACUUCCAAAGUUCGGUUUUUCGAACGCGAAUCUGGGGCAGGAAUUUUCUGCAGCCGCUCCCAGAUAUUUGCAGGGCAAAAAACUUUGUGACAAGAAGACCCAGGACUGGUAUGCUGGAUCUCUGGCUCCAGGUUAUUCACUUCCACAGUUGCGGAGCGGCCUGAGCAGACCUCCGGCAUCCGAGACCAAGAAGGUCCUUGAAGCUGCUCGCGCACUGGCGGUCUCCUUGGGUAUUCGCAACAGCCAUGAUGUUCUGACACCCUGAGUGUGAGGGUGGGGCAGAUCUGAAAAUUGUUUUCGUGUUU